AAUUCAAAAAUUUCAAACGAAUUCGGAAUCCGAAAAAUCGGUACAUUCGAUAUAAAAUCGAUAUCGUAAAAUUCUUACGAAAUCGAUUACCGGAGCAUGCCUGAUGCUUCCACUUUACAAACGAUUACAUUCCACGUGGGAUUUGCUUAAAAGCCUAAUUUCAGCCUAACCGAACCGUCAGUGUUGAACAUUUGGCUUAAAUAUUCAAGAUAAAAUGGAGUUCAAUAACCUUGCUGAUUCCGCACUUUCCACUUUGGUGGAAAACCAAAAGUUCUUCAAGGAAAUGUCAGAUUUCGUGUCCGAUUUCAGCGAUGGCGGGAAGAUCAAGAAGUUGCAGGAGCAGAGCGUUGGCAAGAGCAAGGAGCACGCCAAGAAUCUCCUCAAAAUGAAGAUCAAGCACCAAUCGCUCAAGAAGGCUAUGAAGGAUGCCAAAGACUCUAGCGCCACCAUUGAGGAGUUCGAGGAAGUCUGGAAGGAGCGCUCCGAAGCGGUGGAGAAGAAGCGCAUCAAUGUCAAGAACCUAGACGAGUUCAAGAACUUCGUGAAUGCGGUGGAAUCAGCAGCUGGCCAGGCAGGUGUGGAAGCCAAUGGUCAAGCGAAUGGCACCGGCCAUGAUGAGGAUAUUAUCAUGGAAUCCUCCGGUAGCGAGGUCUUCUCGCUCUACGAUCCCUGGUCCAAGGCCCUGAUAAAGAAACCCAUGCGCAACAAAAUGUGUGGUCACAUCUACGACCGCGACUCGGUGAUGCCAAUCAUCAUGGACAACUUUGGCAUCCGAUGCCCGGUGCUCGGCUGUGCCAACAGGUCCUACAUCCAGCCAGAUCACCUGGUCGAGGACUCCAAUGUCCAGCAGAAGAUACAACAGCUCAUGUCCAACGUGAUCCUUGAUGGAAGUGUCUCGGAGGAGGACGAGAAAUAGUCAGAUAAUGAUUGUGCGCAACUCCGCCCUUGUUGAGAAUUAAGUUAAUAAAAAAUGAGAUUAAACAAAUAAUAAAUAUUAUUUAUGAUA